UAUUACAACUACUUUACUACUACUAGUAAUACUAAUACUACUAGUACUAAUACUAGUACGACUAAUACUAUUACUACUAGUGCCAGUACUACUAAUACUACUACUAAUAUUACUACUAAUAUUAGUACUACUAAUUCUAGUACUACUACUACUAUUACUACUACUACUACUUCCAGUGCUACUACUACUACUACUAGUACUACUACUAGUACUAUGAGUACUAUUACUACUACUUCCAGUACUAAUAACACGACUACUACUACUAGUACAACUACUAGUACUACUAGUAAUACUACUACUACUACUAGUAUUAAUACUACUUGUAAUACUACUACUACUAGUACUACUACUACUAGUACUACUACUACUAGUACUACUACUAAUACUACUACUAGUACUACUACUAGUAGUACUACUACUAAUAUUCCUACCAAUAUUAAUACUACUACUAAUAGUACUAAUAUAAUUACUAGUAUUACUAACAAUACUACUACUACUAGUACUCCUAAUAAUAGUACUAAUAGUACUACUAAUAAUACUACUACUACUACUAGUACUCCUCCUACUACUACUACUAGUACUACUAGUAAUACUACUACGACUAUUAGUACUACUACUACUAGUACUACUUCCACUAGUACUACUACUAAUACUAGUACUAAUACUACUACUACUACUACCAGUACUACUACCAGUACUACUACUACUACUAUCACUGAUACUACUACUACUAUUGCUACUACUAGUACUACUACUACUACUAGUGCUACUACUACUAAUACUAGUACUAUUACUACUACCACUACUACUAGUACUACUACUACUACUAGUACUAGUACUACUAGUAUUACUACUACUACUUUUCUACUAGUACUACUUAAUACUACUACAACUUCUAGUACUACAAUUAAUACUAGUACUACUACUACUACUACAACUACUACUAGUACUACUACUACUACUAGUACUAGUACUACUAGUACUAAUACUACUACUAUUACUAAUAGUACUACUAAUACCACUAGUACUACUACUACUACUAGUACUACUACUACUACCAGUACUACUACUACUACUAGUACUACUACUAGUACUAUGAGUACUAUUACUACUACUACCAGUACUAAUAACACGACUACUACUACUAGUACAACUACUAGUACUACUAGUAAUACUACUACUACUACUAGUAAUACUACUACUACAGUACUACUACUACUAUAUACUACUACUAAUAAAAGUACUACUAAUACUACUGCUACUUCUACUACUACUAGUACUACUAUUACUACUAGUACUACUACUAAUACUACUACUAGUACUACUACUACUCCUAUUACUACUACUACUAUUCCUACCAAUACUAAUACUACUACUAAUAGUACUAAUAUUAUUACUAGUAUUACUAACACUACUACUACUACUAGUACUCCUAAUAAUAGUACUAAUAGUACUACUAAUAAUACUACUACUACUACUAGUACUCCUCCUACUACUACUACUAGUACUACUACUAAUACUACUACGACUAUUAGUACUACUACUACUAGUACUACUUCCACUAGUACUACUACUAAUACUAGUACUAAUACUACUACUACUACUACCAGUACUACUACCAGUACUACUACUACUACUAUCACUGAUACUACUACUACUAUUGCUACUACUAGUACUACUACUACUAGUGCUACUACUACUAAUACUAGUACUAUUACUACUACCACUACUACUAGUACUACUACUACUACUAGUACUAGUACUACUAGUAUUACUACUACUACUUUUCUACUA